AUGACGAAGCACAACAUUCAGCUCAACACACUCAAGGACUGUCUCCAGUUCCUGGAGUGGUUGAAUGGUGAUAAGAGUAUGCAACGAGAGGUGGCAAAAGAGCUGGGAAAACGUAUUAAGCAGAAUUACACUGCCGACUUUCUUAGAGAACAUACCAUUGAAUCCGCACUGUCUACAUUUCUCGGCCACGCGUCACAUUUCUACACGAGGCUAUGCAACAAUCCGCAGCCUUGGGCACAUGGAAGGGAAAGCGCAGAUAAAAUAGCUUACGCCCUUCUAGAGUGCAUGCCAAAAUUCUUAUCCGUUAUGUACUUUUUGUGGUACAAUGUGGAUCCGGGUUUCGAGAAGCUUCAUGGCGGUGGUUGGAAGAAGGACUGGCCUGGGUACGGUGAGCGAUCUUGGCAUGGUGAUUGGGGCGGUGAUCUCGACAAGUAUCUCUAUGCGAUACCCGGCGACGCAAAGUACAACUCACGCACCGGCGUCAUACCCGGAGGCUUCACGUCUGAAGAUAAGGUUAUAUAUAACGCAACUUUGUUGGACAGAGGCUAUCCCCAAGGUUAUAGCAUGGCUGGGGACCUACAAAAGAUCGUGGACAAAGGAAAAUAUAAUUAUUUCCGCAGCGUGUUUGUGAGCUCCGUUAUUGGAGAAUCGGCCAAGCGUCCAGAGAACGCCGCGAAUUCUCUUGUGUUGGCGAGAACCUUUUGCGAUAUUGUUCUUGGGGAGGAUGAUAAAGAGACAGGUGGAAAAUUAAUAGAAGCAUUGAAUGCAGGUUUACGCCAACAAGUAGGAUCAAGAGAUAAAUCCAUAUGCUGGAAAGAGUUACAUUCCCAUUGCACUAAGCUUCGAAAAAAAUUUGACAUGUUGUUCGGCAAUAAACACUUCGACUUCACCGGGCUGUCGACGAAUACCGGAAACCUUCAGAAAGAAAAGCUUGCAAAGAAAACGGCGGAUUGGUUGAGAACGAAUAUAACAAAAGUGCAAGGACAUUUGAAUCAAAUUAAAACGGAUAAAAGUCUCGAAGGCCAUCUUGGAGAAUACUUCACGAAAAAUCUCUUCCCGUACGGUUUUACCAUUUUUAAUGGGACUCGCUUUGACAUGUUCCCAAAUGAUGUAGAGGCAUUGAAAAAAGAUUGGCGUGAGGUGAUCGAAGAGUUUAAGAAAAGCAACGGCGAUUUGAAUACGCUCAGAGAAAUUUUGAGUGGAACGUAUAAUAAAUUAUGUCCCAAUGUUACUCCGCCUAUAAAGCCAGAGGCCCCGCCUGCUAAGGUUCCUGAGGGACAACAGAAAUCUGAGGGAGCACAGAACCAGGGUGGGCCUAUUGGCAGUACAACGCCGGUGUCUUCAAACCAAAAUAAUGAUCAGAGUAAGUCUUCGGAUCCACCAGUUGGACAGCCUUCUGUUGCAGCUCCAACUCACAAUGCUGAAGGAGCUACAGGCCCGGUAGGGCUUAAAGUUCCAGUGCCUCCGGUGUCUCCUCAGGUUCCAGGUGCGUCAGUUAGAAAUGAUGUCCAACCUACACAAACUGUAUUUCAACCCCAACACCCUCCACCUGCCCCGCCUCCUCCCCCUCUUCCUGCAGCCCCUGCCAUCCCCGGUCAGCCAGGUGUACAGGAUCCACCUUCAACUGGCACUGAUGUUUCUGGUCAACAGCAUGUUGUUUCUCAAAACUCCGUCCGUACUCAGUCUCCUAGUGUUGUAGGUCCAAGCUCUGGGUCGACUGGUGAUCAGGCUGCUGGUCGACGUGAUAGUCAAAAUGUUGCUCAAGGCGCUACUCUACAAACAAGUCAAAACGGCGCUCACGAUUCAAGCAGCGCAGCUACUACUUCGGUUACCACGGCGUCUGGAGGAGGGCCUCGACAGGAUACCGUACAAAAGGUUGCUCAACCAGAUACCUGUCCUGGUGGCAAGAUGAUGAGUCUUGGCAUACCUGGCGGCAAAUUCUGUGUUAGAGAAGCAAAGCCGCGGUUCCUGGUCGGUAACCAGAAGAGUCCUGCAGAUCUGUGGAAGAUAGCGCAAGAGAAGCAGAAGCAGCGACAGGAACAGCGAGAGAGGGAAGCAGAGGAACUUAAGCAGACGGAAGCGCUGCGGGAGAAACACCGCCAGCAGGAGCAGCUGCAGAAAGAUAUGUUGUCCGUCGAGGGCUUUAAUGUCAGCGCUGCGGUGGAGGGUAAGACGUUGCCGGAUGUCUCCGCCCUUCUAUCACAGAAACAAGAGGAGGCGGAGGAGAGAUCGAAAAUGCGUGAGCAAAUACAUAUUAUGAGGGAUGGUGAUUUUGUUCAUGCCUCUGCAAUUAAGCCUUUCACAAAGCAGCCUUAUGCUGCCCGGCUUUUAAGAUCCCCCAAACGCUCGAAGCCGCUCCCUGCUGCCAGGCAUAAACAUCAUAAUGUCGCUGUUCCCGAUGUUGCCGACGGCAUGGCGUUACCGCAGAAUUUGCCGACCAAAAUGAACGUUCCUCGACACAAAUUUAAACAGUCGCACAAACCCCUCGAAGUGCAGGAGUUGGAUGACUAUCCAAUCGCUUUUACGCAGCACGUCUCCGGGACCGAUCUGACGAAAUUUCCUGCAAAAGACGUCAAUGCCACCGCAUUUCAGGACUUACCGCAGCCCGUGCCACAGUUGCCAGAUUUUAAUGGAUCGCCCAUCCCCGAUUCCAACCUUAAGUCUUCACUAAAUCCCACAGCUAUGUUCCUUCCUGUGCCACACCCAACCAUCGGUUUAAAAACCGAUAUCCCAGAAAGGCCUCCCCAAAUUGAGGAAGAAAUUGACCUCCACAUCGACAUCGCCAAGCCUACUUUUCAAGACCACAUGGACCACUUGGACAUUGACGACGAUUCGACCCAUAUUAGGAAUGACAUAGUGCCCCUGCCUGCGGCUCCGUACAUACCUAAAAUCUCAUUUAAUCUUCCGCCUCCAGAUCCCCAGCACUCUGUGCCUCCCAGAGAAGAUCCAAAAUUUACGACAGUCGAAUUCGAAGACAAAUGCCCCGUUCCCUGGAUCACCCAGAAACCUACGCAUGACCUUGCCGAUAUCCCCGAGACAGAGCUGUUCCCCUCCGAGGCGCCGCAUACAGUCAGGGAUAUGCUUAUUUGGCUGGCUGGGCUGCGAAAUGAAAAGCAUCAUGACACUCUGAAACCAUGUAUUGAGAAAGCUUUCAAGCGCGGCGAUGAUGUCUCUGCCAAACUCACACUCCCAGUCAACGAUUCUAGCAUUACCGCCAAAGAUGUCAUCGACACCAUCCAGCUUGCCGCCACGUUCGCAGCUUCAGUGCUCAAUUCCAUCGCGCCUAAGUGGAGGAUGGCGGUGCCGUCUGUAACUUUAGCGUCUAAGGUCUCUGACCAAUCCAAGGACCCUGAUUGCUGCGCCCUCCUCUGCCAGCUGCGGGACUACGUCUACGCCUGCUGCCACCAGUUGAAUUUCCUAAGGUCACAGUGUAAUCGUAACACCAAGGAUGGCGGUUGGCAGGAUCGUCAUUACGGCAGUGAUGUAUCAUCUCCCAAGUCCCCCCUCCAGGCCUUCCUGACUGACGCCUCGGACUCCAAGUUCAAGACGCAUCCCUUCGACCCGUGUGACAUCUGCCUCAAGAGCCGCGUCAACAUGGGAUUUGAGGCAGAGGAUUUGCCUGCAUCUCAGCAAACUGGCAAGCAUAUUUCCACCAUCCUCACUCCCACCUGCGGCGGCGAGGAUCCUCUGCUUACAUUGUCCUCCUACCUCAACUGCCUCACCAGGCGGACGCCGCGCACCACCGGGGAGCUUGUCUCGUUCUUCCACAAUUUCGGGAAUUCGCUUCAUGAUGCGCCUUCAGACUUGUCCAAGCUGGGCUCCGCCCUCUCCAAGCCACAUCGCCACUGCCCCGACUGGGACUCUCUUGCUGCCGACGAUCUGCAAACCAUCAAGUACGCCCGAGGCUCCGCCACUCCCAACUCCAUCCACCGCGACAAUGAUCAUCCCAAUACCCUGUCCACGCUGCUUGGCUGCGGCAUCGAUGAUUCCAAGUGCUCACAACUCAUGAAGCCCAUCACCUACCGGGCCUACGCCGUAUACUCCCCGAGCUUCGUCCACGCCUACCUCAGCUGGGCGGUCCACCUGGCAGACAGACUGUGGGAGUCGCUGACCAAGCUGCACUGUGAUCUCGAGGAACUUCAAUGUCACGCCGCCAAGCCCAAGCCCCUCCACCAGUGUGACAAGGCGCUGCCCCUCCUCUACACUCACGGCCUCACCCCGCCGGACGGGACACUGCAGCCUUCACUCACGUGUUCACAGUUCAUCGCCAAGUUGGAGGCAGUGGUCGCCGGACAGCCUAUCGCAAGCCUCAUGACCGCCAUGGACCUUUUCCUUUACGGCAUCCGGGAGCCCUUCCUCUUCACCAUCGUCACACUCUGGCUCACCGCCACGCUCUACAUCGCCCACUCACUACUCUACCGCAUGGACGUGAUGCACAUCCGCUCGCACCUCCUCACCACCAGGGCCUCACACCUCAUCGACGUCAAGGCGCUGCUCGCAGGAAGCCGCAGGAUGCUCUCACUCUACCGUGACGUCGACUACUUCGACGACGACUUUCACUCAUGA